UUUCAUAUCUUAGAUUAGUUUCAUUCAAUCGCUUGAACUUGAACGUUGAAUAUUUGGUAAAAAAUUGUAAAUCAACAUGGGAAAGAUAGUUUUAUACGGUCUUGAAGCGAGCCCUCCGGUUAGGGCCGUUUUACUAACCUUAAACGCCCUCAAUUUGGAUUAUGAAUUCAAAAUCGUUGACUUAUUAAAUGGGGAGAAUAGAAGUGAAGAAUACGAUAAGAAAAAUCCCCAACAUACUGUACCAGUUUUGGAAGAUGAUGGACACUCCCUUUGGGACAGUCAUGCUAUUAUAGCAUAUUUAGUGAGUAAAUAUGGGAAAAAUGAUGCUUUGUAUCCCAAGGAUUUGUUAAAACGUGCUGUAGUUGAUCAGCGUUUACAUUUUGAUUCUGGAAAUUUAUUUGCCUGCAUGAGGAAUAUAACAGCUCCAUUGUUUUUCAAGAACAUUACUGACAUCCCCCAGGAAAAAAUCGAUGUUCUGUAUGAGGGUUUGGAUUUCUUGGAGAACUUUUUGGUACAUGACUACAUAGCUGGAGAUACUAUGACCAUAGCUGAUUUUAGUAUUGUCUCUACUGUAACCACAUUCGAAGCAGUUGCUCCAAUUGACCCGGCAAGAACUCCAAAAUUGGUUGCUUGGAUUAAAAGGAUGGAAAAGUUACCAUACUAUGAGAAAGCCAAUGGCAGGGGUGCUGCUAUUUGUACUCAAAUGUUGAAAGCAAAAUUGGCGUCAAAAUUGCAAACUGUUGUUCUUCUUAAUAAGUUACAAAUAUUUUUAUUAUAUUUAAUAAAUAUCGAACUCGAAAUGACAAAACCUACUUUGUAUUAUGCACUGUUUAGUCCUCCAGCAAGGGCUUGCAUUAUAACUGCUAAACUGAUUGGACUUGAUGUUGAUUUAAAAUUUGUUGAUUUCGCUAAGAAAGAACAUUUGAGUGAAGAAUUUAUCAAGUUAAACCCACAGCAUCAGAUACCGGUUUUGAUUGAUGAAGGUGAACCUUAUUGGGAUAGUCAUGCAAUUAUGGCAUACAUCGUAUCGAAAUAUGCCAAAAGUAAUAGUCUUUAUCCCAAGGAUUUGUCUAAACGUGCACGAGUAGACCAACGGAUGCAUUAUGAGAAUGGAGUGCUAUUUCAAGUGAUAAAGGAUUUGGUGGCUCGUGUAAUUUAUGGAGGCGAAAAGGAAUAUAAUGAAAAGACUAUUCAAAAUUGUCACACUGCAUAUGAGUUUUUGGAAAAAUUUCUUGAAAAUCAAAAUUAUGUAGUUGGAUCUGAAUUGACCAUUGCGGAUGUAUCGAUUAAUACAACUCUUAUUACUCUACAUAGAAUAAUUCCUGUUGAGAAGGAGAAAUAUCCCAAUAUUGUUGCAUGGAUGGAACGUUUAAAGUCUCUUCCAGAUAAUGAUGAAAUCAAUGAAAAAGGUGCUGAACAACUGGCCAUACGCAUUAGUUCUUGUCUGGCUGAUAACAAGUCUAAAGCUUAGUUUUGCAUAUUAUAUACUUAAAAUAUAUUAAA